AUGAAAUUUUUAAUAGCUUUGCUGAAAAUCGUGGCCGCUGUCCUUUUGGUGUUCACUCAAUUGGCCAUGGCCCAAGGAGGUGGUGGUGGCGCUCAGGGAGGUGGUGGAGCCCAAAUGGGCAUGGGUGCUGGAGCAGGAGGCGGUGCUGGUGGCGGUGGUGGAGCUGGUGGCGGUGCUGGAGCUGGUGCCCAAAUGGGUAUGGGUGCAGGUGCCGGUGCCGGAGCUGGCGGUCAUGGAGGUGGUGGUCCUGGAGGUCGUUAA